CAACCAAUGGCGAGGCAGCAUUUUAACGCUCGUUUUUUAACUUUGCUUACGACAAGGAUUUUAUCGACUUUGUUGCUUGACCCAAUUUGGGACCUUUUCCCUCAGAUUUUUGGCACAGAAGAUCACAUUAUGCUACCGGACGAGAAGUAAGAAGCUCCAUCUUGAAAGAUUCCAAGAGUAGCAAGGAUCACUCUUUGAAUAUUUUUAAAACCAGCCUUAAUUUGAAGUGAAGGACAGUAACCAUGUCGCAGCCUCCCCGUAAACGACGAAAGAGCUCGUCAAAUCAAGCCACGACAACGCUGAGUGGAGAUGAUGACAGCGCUCAGAGCAGCAAUAUGAAGGUCGUUGUGCGUGUUCGGCCACCCAAUGCCUCGGAACGGGAAGACCAAAAGGCACGCACGAUCGUCCGCGUGAUGGAUGAACACUUACUAGUGUUUGAUCCGAAAGACGAUGAUGUGUCACCAAACUACUACCACGGAAAACGUAAACGACGCGACCUGCUGACGAGGAGAAACAAAGACUUGAAGUUCAUUUUUGAUCGAGUCUUCAAUGACAUGACAUCGCAGCAGGAAGUGUAUGAAAGCACAACAAAAGUCAUUGUUGAUGGAGUUCUGAAUGGGUACAACUGCUCUGUGUUUGCAUAUGGAGCCACUGGUGCAGGGAAGACCUUCACCAUGCUUGGAUCACCUCAGAACCCAGGUGUGAUCUUCCUAACCAUGAUGGACCUGUACCAGCGCAUCGACCAGAUGCAGAGUGAGAAAAUAUGUGAUGUUGCAGUCUCCUACCUAGAGGUGUAUAAUGAGACGAUCUGUGACCUGCUGGUUCCGUCGGGUACCCUGGCAGUACGAGAGGACCCACAGAAGGGCGUGGUGGUGAGCGGACUCACCCUGCACAAGCCACGCAGUGCAGAGGAGUUGAUCCACAUGUUGGAGUAUGGGAACCAGAACCGCACACAGCACCCCACCGAUGCUAAUGCCACAUCUUCACGCUCCCAUGCUGUGUUCCAGGUGUUUGUGCGUCAGAAGGACCGAACAGCAAACAUCAGCUCAGAUGUUCGGGUGGCUAAGAUGUCGCUGAUUGACUUGGCAGGGUCAGAGAGAGCCACGGUCACCACAAACCGAGGUGCCCGGUUCCGGGAGGGGCCGAACAUCAACAAAUCCCUCCUGGCCCUGGGGAACUGUAUCAACGCACUGGCUGACCCACAGUACAAGGGCCACAUCCCCUACAGGAACAGUAAGCUGACCCGGCUGCUGAAGGACUCGCUGGGAGGGAACUGUCGCACUGUCAUGAUCGCUGCUGUCAGCCCCUCUAGUCUGUCCUAUGAAGACACCCACAACACACUCAAGUAUGCCAACCGGGCCAAGAACAUCAGAUGCACGCUGAAGAAGAAUGUUGUGAGUGUGGAUUUCCACGUCAGCCGCUAUGCUCAGAUCUGUGAAGAGCUUAGGAAAGAGGUGGCAGAACUGAAAAGUAAGAUUAAAGGUUAUGAGGACGGCUCUCAGCUCCCCCCACCUCCUGCUGUAGAUGAUGCACAACAGGGAGAGAUCAACAGGUUACAAGGCAUUCUCAACAGUGUCUUCAAGGAGCGACACAUCAUCCGUAAGGACCUCCAGGAGCUGGAGAUGUCUCACUGUGAGCUCAAGGUCAAGGUCCAUCGUAAGGAGCGUGACCAGGACAGGGUGAAGGCCAUCAGCAGUGAUAAUCUCAAGGCUACUGGCCGGUUGGAGAGAGCAAUUGCAGCAGCCAAGACACGUCAGGCCGUGUUUAAAGAUCGUCUGGAGACAGCCGAGAAACGCAUGAAGGAAAACUGUGAGACUCUGGAGAAGGUGGAGGAGGAGCUGAGAGGACAGGGGACAGAUGGGGAGCUGCCAGAGACUGUCCAGUCCUUCCUACACACAAGGCACCUGGAGGUGGAGGUUAAGGACCUCAGGAAGCAGGUCAAACAUCUGAAGAAGUUUGCCAAGUCACAGGAGAAGGAUUCGCAGGCGUCAGAGAAGUUGAUGGUGUCCCUGCUGGAGAUGGCCCGUAGACAGUACUUCCUGCUGAAGGGCGCGGGAAUGGCGACGUCAGACGUGACCUCGGAGUUCGAGGCCGUGCAGAGGAUGGUGCAGGGGGAGAAGGAGGUCAUGUGGGCAGACCAGAGCAUGAUGGGAAACCAGACCCAGACGGGGCUGGACCUGACGGAGGUGCUGGACCUGUCAGUCAUGAGCGUUGUCUCGGCAACACCUCCAAGUGGAAAAACACCUUGCAGAACACCUGUCCAGCCACAGCCCAAAAGAGUCCUGCUGACAGCUCCCAGCUCUGCUAAUGCUACAGAACCCUGUACCCCCAAAGGGACCAUCGGUCAACCAUCUCCCCUCAGAGUGGCGGCUACCCCUCUCAGAGUCCCAGUCUCUGACAAAAAGACAGUACAGAAACCCCCACCACAGAGAGUGGUUGCGCCCAGCCCAAGUAAGCCCACCCCCCAGAGAGUGGUAGUACAGUCCACACCAACAGUGCCCACCCCCAUGAGAGUCCCCGUGGUUCCGUCCACCACCAACCAAACCACCCCUGCUGUCAGUAAUGGGAUCACCCAGCAGGGUACAGUUACAAAGACUCUUCCUGGGAGAGUUGCAGCUUCCACCGUAACCAAGGCAACUGUAACCAAGACAACAGCAGCCCCGGUCAGAGUUCAUGGGAAACCUGACAGGAAGCCACAGAGCUCCAGGGCACUCUUCACAGAACAGGCACAACCUACCAACAGUCCUGAGGACUACUGUAGAGUUUUACAGACUGAUGCUGCUGUCCCUGGCAACCAGCCACACCCUGGUCCCUUAGCGACCAGUUCUAUGAUGUCAGAAGACUCCCUAAACCAGCCAUAUAACAAGACAGUGGUGCUGAGCUUGUCACAGACAGUGUCAAGGCCUGAGGACCUGCCUGUUGUCAAGCAGGAGGCUUCAAGAGACGGUGGAACUAUGGAACAGAUGCAGGAAGGCCAACCUGUGACCAAUGCCCAGGCAGUUAGCACUCCAACCAAUAACACCCAGCCAGCAGCCAAGAGGGUAAAGCUGGACCAGUCCUAUGUCAUUGUGGGUGAUCCUUCUACUCCAGCUAUGGAGACUGAGGAAACACAUGCAGGAGGAGGGGAGAGAAGAAUGACCUUCACUAAAGAUGACCUACGACCUGAAGGUCAGGAGAACACCACGUCCUGCAGUACAUUCCCCACCCCGGGGCACACUGCGUCAGGGAAGCGCAGGUCACUGGGGGACGUCAACGCACCGGUCACUGGGCAACAUGUGGAACAGCUGCGGAAGGUCGGACUGCCCUCUAUGAUGGACAAAGGUGUAUUUCCUCCUACCAAUAAGCCAUCCUACAUGUCCAUGACAAGGUCAGCUGCUUUCAAGAGGAAAAAGCACAGAAGGUCCAUUUCGUCACGAGAAAACUUCACCUCAAAGGAGAGACAGAGUCCUGUUGCCAAGGAGACAACAAAACCACCAGUCGGUGCACGGAGGAAAUUUGGCUUCCGCAGAUCACUCGCUCACUCAAGAAGCAAGUCAGCAGGCAACCUCCUCCGUUGGCAUGGUAACCAGACAUCCUCCAGCCGACUGCCAGUCAGAACACCAACCAAACUGUGACAGAAGAUUUAACCUUCCCCCUCCUAGUUAAGUUUGAAGUCUGCUGAUGAAAACCUACCCCUGCAUGGGCAGGGUUAACUUACAACAAGAACUUGUAAAAAUUGUAUAUUUCUUGAUUUUGAGUUUGAAGACAUUCAUAAAUCAUGUCAUACAGAAACUAUGUUGUCACUACGUAGUUGUCAAAAGAUAUUGUGAUAAAUUGGUGUCCAUACAGUUGCAGGAAUUUCAUUACUUUAUAAAUCUUGAUGCUUUUAUGUUCACUAAACUAUGCAAAAUCAAGUGAUUACUAGUACUUACAGUAUCUUGUUUCCUAUGUGUAAAUAUUAUGGCCUAUUUCAUUUUAUGAAGACAUCGCUGACAGUGAAGUUUUACCAUACUUAUGCCAGGUACAUUUUUCUUUACCUACUCAUCUGUACAUGCUGCUGUAGGCAUCUGUAAAAUAGGAUUCUUGUCUUCAAAUACAGUAGAUCCAUGGAAUCAAGUGAGUACCUGCACAUUUUUAAAAGCAGUGUUUGCAGAUAUAUCUGUAGAUAUGGCACUACAAUGUACAUUAUCAGGAACACUUUGUAAAUGAUCUCUUUGAUAUUUCCAACAAUGGAUCUCGGUAACCUGUUGGAGAUAUUCACUUCAGCAAGCUUGUUUCAUUCCAUCUUUAGUUAUUGUACAGAGAACUAGCUAGAUGUUUUAUUUUUAUCUCAGCAAGAUUGAUUUAGAAGUCAAAUAUCUCAAAGGCAGCUGUUAAUGUGAUGCAAACUGUGCAGCACUGAAUACUUCCCAAUCUUUAUUUUGUUGAAGCUGCAGAUUCCAUGUCUGUUCAACAUGGUGCUUUUAGAAAUAAAGUUUCUUUUACUCCUUCA